AAUCCAUGACAAUACAACAUAAAACAGUAUUUUAUAUCGAUUUCAUUUAUUUAUUGGAUCAGGAAAUUAAAAUGAGGAAGUAUGUUUUGCUACACAAGAAUUGGAAGCAUCUGUCGAGGUAAAUGGCUUUCGGAUUUAGAAAAACACGAGAACAUUGGCAAAAACAAGCUCAUUUUGAAGGAUUGAAAAUUCAUGAAUCUCGCUAUCAACAUGGAAGAGGGCCAUGCAAUAUAUUUAUAUUAGAUACAUCUUCAAGUCUUGGAGAAGAAGGUUUUCAUCAAAUGAAAGAAACUUUUUGCACUAUCAUUGAUGGCUAUGCAGAUUAUCCAGAUAUCGACGAAAAUGUAGCUGUUAUAGUCUGUGGACGGAACACCAGAUUUCAACGUUAUUACUCAAACCACUACUCAGAUAUAAAGCAUUGCUUAGACGACGUUGAAUUUGGAGGGCUUACUCCACUAACAGCAGCGUUUACCUUAGCAAAGGCGUGUUUAUUCCGUGAAGUAGGACAUACCAAAAUAAUGGGAGACUUUCAUGUUCAUCCAAGAAUAAUUCUUAUUUCGGACGGUAGACCCACUGAUUUUACUGUCAUUAGUGAUGUCGAGGAUUCAUCUGUUUAUGAAACUGAGGAGGAUAAACUACAAAUGCUACAUUUCUCAAGAAACAUUGGGGCGCUACAUCCAAUUUUCUGCAUACCUGUCGGAAAUGAUCCAGACCUGGUAACAUUAGAAUUUAUUUGUGCUCAGUCCAGGGGAGGAAAGAUCGUGUAUCCUCACGAAGCCAGACAGUUCGCUAAAUACUCUGAUAAUUUGAGAAUUGCUUCUAUGCUAUCCUUUACGAUGAAAAAUGAUGGUUUUGACCGUGAAAUGAUUCUGACGUUACUGGCUUGCAAACUCCCUGAAAAAGAUUUGACAGAAAUUGAUCAGAGAGAUAUAUUUGAAAUUUGUUCGAACAAGUCACUCUAUAAUUCACGGGAAGACAUAAAAGAUGAGAUUGAAGCUGAAAAUGAUGACAUAUUUCACGAGAGAAAUCCACAUAUGCCGCCAUUGGGAUCCAGAGUCAAGCGUGGACCGGGUUGGAUAUAUGAUAAUCAAGAUAACAAUGGACCUGGAACUGUAAUAGGGCAUCAAAAUGAUGGGUGGUUAUACGUGGAAUGGGAUGCUGGUUCUAUUUACCCUUAUAUAUUUGGAUCAAAUUCGUAUGCGAGAGAUAAAUAUGACGUAACAGUUUGCAGUGAACCGAGAAUUUUAAAAAAUGGAAUGAUUGCUACAGGCUGUUUAGUCAAAAGAGGACCAGACUGGGAAGGUGGAGACGAGGAUGGUGGUAUCGGAAGUAUUGGAUCAGUUUACAGAUGUAAAAGCAAUAGAAUAAUUCAUGUAAGAUGGCAAAAUGGCCAAAAAACUGAAAACAGGUUUGGAUAUCAUGGAAAAUAUGAUAUAGAGAUCUGUGACCCAUUUUCUCCGGAAGCUGUUGAGUACCUCCAAGAUCAAACAAGGAAGGCAGAGAUUAAUUGCCCAGUCAAAGGUUUUUCAGUGGACAUUUCUUUAAGUGAUUCUUUUGAAGCAACAUGUGCCUCCGAAAAUGAUUUCGAUUUUGAAUCUAAGAUUUGUAAAACCCCAAAUGCUGGACUUUCUCUCUUUACGAUGCCAAGAGGAAAAUAUUUCAAAAACGAAAAAGUUGAGAACCAAUCAACGGAUGUAGAAGCUGAUGAGAUGUUAAAUUCAUUAACUUUCUUUACAUCAGAUCAGUGGCUAUGGAAAGAUAAACAAGGUCAAUGGAACCCAUAUCCGAUAGAAAUUAACAACAAACUUAACAGAUGUUAUAAGCGAAAUCCUAAUUCUACUGUUAUUGUUACAAUCGAAGAAAACACAUACAGGGUAGUCAUAGCCAAAGGUAUACAGAUAAACUUGACGACAAGAGAGGUGUCAGAAGUCAAAAUUGUUAAAAAGUCGUAAAUAAAUAAAAUUACUUUUCAUCGUGAUUGGUUUGUGUAUGUUUUUUUUUUUUUUGUUUGUUUGUGGUAGUGUGUUCUCGUGCAUGUAGAAUCUAAAGUGAUUGGAUGUAACUGUAAAGUUUUUAUCCACUAUUGCAGGAAUUUAGAAAUUGCUAGACGGUAUUCUAUUCCGUUAGUUCAUACCAAUAUAACUGGGUAAAAAUAUUAACAUUGAUAUUAUAUUCACGAAUAUUUAUUCGUAUACGUAGUUCAAUUGAAAUGUCCUUAAUGUAACAAAUUUAUGAAUUAUUUUAGCAAGCCUGAUAUCAAAAAUUGAUUUAGAUUUUAUAUUCAUGGAAAUAUACUCAUGGAAAAACUUUGAACGUGAUUUUUAUUUGCAUGACAUUUUUAGACGAGAAGAUAAAGUUCCAAUUAAAAUUAUAAGAAAAAAAUAUCGGAAGAAAUCUUUCUGAAUGUCAAUACAAAGUAAAUAGUUCAUUUCAAAUAUUAAUUAUUCAAAAAGUUGUGUUACUAAAGAAAUAUAUUUUAAAACAAAACUUUUUGAUGUUAAAGAAUCUCAAAAUUUUUAGAUAUAAGAAGUAUUAAAAUAUACUACAACCUUGUACUUUUUCUAUCUCUUUACAAUCAAUCCGAAAGAUAAAUUAUUAAGCAGGCUUUUUUGUUACCAUGGACAACUGGUUCUUGAAUAUAAAUGUAUGUUGAACUAGUUGAUUUUCUUAUUUUUAGAAUUGUAAAAUGCAAAAUUACUCUGUUUAUUUUCAUUCUGCAUAUAUGUACUCUGAAGUUGAUAAUAAAAUGACGCUUUAGUGCCUCUAUAUCAAUCUCCUCUCGAGACCAGGUCUAUCGACAAUAAUUUGGAAUUUUGAAAAAGAAAAACUUAUUUCCCUCCUCUUUUGUCCACAUUUUUAUUCCUUUAAAGCAAAUUAAAUCGAGAAUUCUAUGUGAGAAAAACCUUAACUCGAUAUCCAUAUAUAUUUACGACAUUUAAUCAAUAAGCAUACAUACAUAUAAUUUUAUAAGUGAUUUCAAUUUUUAUGGACUAUGUUAAUUCAAGUGAACACGAGGUGAUCAACUUGGUUGUAAAUACAAAAUAUCUUUUGGUCGUUUUAUGAAUGUUUUGUUUCAUUUCCUGUGUAAUAUCAUUGCAUUCAUACUUUUGACUACUCCAUCCACCUGAUCAAACUAUGGUGCCAAUUUCUCAUUGAUAGAUGAUGUGGUGCUUACGGUACUCCUUGAUUCGUUUAGCGUACUUUAAUAAGCAUUCAGUGUUUUUGAUCUCAAUUUAAUAUAACAUCAAACUUUUAUGGA